UUAGAGACCAUAGUUGACAGGGUCCUCCAAGGAUUCUGUGGUCCUUAGUAAGCCAGUCAUAAGUUAAGUCAGUCAGGGGGUGGGAGUCUAAGUGGUGAGGAGUGGAACUGUCAUCCGGUUGUACACCUAUCACCAUGGUUGACCCGCGGAGCGGUACGAGCACCACCCCAUAUACGAAAGAGCAGGAAGAGAGUGUCGCCGUCAUACUGAGAGAAAGGAAGGAGAAGAAGGAGGCCAAGAAGAAGGCCCUGUUGGAAGCACAGGCGGCGAAGAAGAAGAAGCUUGAGGAAGAGAUGGAGAAGGUGAAGAGAGAAGAGGAGGAGAAGCUUAAAAAGGUAGAAAAAGAAAAAGAGGAGGAGGAGGAGAUACCCCUGCUGAGGACUAUGAGGAGGGAGGAAAGAGGGGAAUCCAGUGGGAUUAGUGAAGACGAGAAGAAACUCGAGAAGAUGGUGUUGGAGUGGGUGGCCAACUUAUCCCUGGGGGAGGAUGAAGAAGCAUUGAUGUACAUCCCCCAGGAUGAGAGGGAUGCUGGAGCGGCAGAGAUAAAGGCCUUGAAAGACCCGUCAGAGCAGCAGGCCCUGGAAGAGAAGAAAAAAAUGGAGUGAAAAUUGUGAUUGAAAAGGCAGAGAAGGAGGCGCAUAGCGGCGGCUACCGGGUUAGAGAAGGAAUUGGCUGCUGCAGCAGAACAG